ACUUAUUAAAUAGUUUCAGAUACUAACUGAUGCCAGUGUCGCGUGAACACAGUACGGCAUCUGCCGCCUCAUCCCAUAGUGGAACUGGAGCAAGAACUACUCUGAGGAUGGGGGCAGGUACUCAAGUUUGCGCAGAUGCAGAACUGAAGGGAGAGAUAUCGAUUGGGCAGAGGUGUUUCGUCCACCCGAAAGCCAGGAUUAUAGCAGAGGCGGGACCCAUCAUAAUGGGCGAUGGAAACAUGAUUGAAGAGCAAGCAUUGAUCAUAAAUGAAUUCGAUACAACAGAAAAAUCUAGCGGAGGGCCGAUGGAUCGGCAGAUCAUGUACAUAGGCUCCAACAACAUGUUCGAGAUAGGAACAACCGUCAAGAGUAAAAAGAUAGGCGACAACAAUGUAUUCGAAUGCAAGAGUUUCAUAGGCAAAAAUGUCGAAGUUUCAAGCGGGUGCACAAUUGGAGCGUUAUGUUGUGUAAUGUGUAGAGAUAGAUUACCAGAGAAUUGUGUGAUUUAUGGUCAAGAUAGGCUAAGAAGGAUAGCGGCUGAAAGACCUCAGAAUCCGAAUGUCCUCUACGAGUAUUUAUCACACGUGGCACCUAAGUUUCACAAUAUGAAAAGAAGCUCGAAAAGUCAAAGCAGCAGCAGUAGUGCGGCCGCUGCGCAGAAAACUCCGACUCAAUAAAAACACCCUCUUUAGUUCUGUGUCUUUUAUUUAGUAGAAAGUAUUGGAAAUGGGAUUAAUUGCCUGUUAGAAGAGUUUUUCAUUUUUAAUAUUUCUGGUAUCGAAAUAAUUCAAAUAUAUUUGUUUAG